AUGGCUGCUAACAGCGACAGUCGAUCACGUUCCAAUUCGACAAACGACGCUCCAGUACCUCCUGGUCAUAAUGAUUCCUUUGACACGAACAGAACCGAAGAAGAAACAAUGGAACAUUCAGGACAGGAGCAGGCCACUAAAGAAAACACUGCGACUCCUACUGAAUCUAGUACAAAUUCACACGCAGAAUCUUCUCUUAGCGUAGAUACAGAAGGUCAGCAACAUAGUACGACAUUACCAAGGCAAUCUCCCGAACCGCCGACCGCUACUGACACAAGUCACGACAAUGAUCAUCAACCGGAAGAAAAAGACUAUGUUUCCGAGAGCGCUGGCCAAGGUAAAGAAGCAGAUGGUAGUAUUGGGCAAAACCCAGGUGGUUCUAGCGUCACAGAUGAAGAAAAUCUGGGAAAUAGCAAUCCAACGGCUGAUAGCACAUCACCUGGAUUUUCUGCUGACCCGCCUGAUAGUUCAAACACAAAUACAUCAGGUAUGCGACAAAACCGUGCUGAGGUUAAACACUGGUUGGGUCUUCAGUUCCAUGAAAAUUCUAAUACAAUCAAGAAACCCCAUGAGUUGGCACCAAUGAGCGAACCACCGGGCUCAACUGGUGAACAGAUUCUUAAUCGUAUUCAAGGUUCUAUGAUUGGAAUGGCAUUAGGUGAUGCUCUCGGUGCGCAUGUGGAAUUUCGGCCUCACGAUUAUUUACUUUCACAUCCGGUAACAGAUCUCGGAGAAGGUGGAACUUGGGGUCUUUCGAAGGGACAGUUUACUGACGAUACUUCUAUGGCACUUUGUUUGGCAAAUUCUCUGAUUGUUAACCAUGGUUUCAAUGCUUACGAUCAAUUAGUUCGAUACAAAUGGUGGUAUAAAUAUGGAUACAUGUCGUCAACUGGCCAAUGUUUUGAUAUUGGAGCUGCUACUAAACAGUCGAUAGACGAAUUUCGUCGCAGACAAAACAGGCUUCGCGACGAACAAGACAUUCCGAAGGAAGAAAUUGAUUGCCCUUCUAAUCAUGAAUUGUUAGAUGAUUUCCCGGUAUAUUGCAGCGAAGAAGGCGUAGCAGGCAACGGAGCUCUUAUGCGCCUUGCGCCAGUACCACUCUUUUUCUAUAGAAAUCCUAAAGCGGCCGUUGAGUUUUCUGGUUUUAGCGGACAAAUAACGCACGGAGAUACGAAAGCGUAUGAUGCAUGCCGAUAUUAUGGAGCAUUGAUUGUUGCUGCUCUUCAGGGUAAAAGCAAAGAUGAACUUUUGAGCAACCAGUUUUAUGAAAACAAUAAGGAAUGGUUUAAUGGGAAAGAUCUUCAUCCAGAUAUAAAAUCAAUUGCCAAAGGAACAUAUAAAAACGAUAACGGCUAUGAUGGUGGUAUUCGAGGAAAAGGGUAUAUAGUCAGUGCGCUCGAAGCUGCAUUGUGGGCAUUUUGGUCCACUACGAAUUUUAAAGAUGGUGCGCUUGCUGCUGUUAAUCUUGGCGAUGAUACUGAUACAACAGCAGCGAUCUAUGGUCAAUUAGCUGGCGCUCACUAUGGAUAUGCCCAAUUGCCCGAAGAAUGGACUAAACAAGUUUAUGCUGAAGACUUUAUGAAAAUGUUAAGUAAAUGGAUUGCAUAUGAAGGUGAACAUUGGGAAAAUGAACCCUCAACGCACACUUCUGAAUCAUAG